AUGAGUGAAGUUAUAAAGUUUCAAUAUAAAAAUUACAGAACGCUUUUCUUUACAUUAAUCAAGAAUCAAAUACCCAGUGAAGCUCAUAAAAUAAACCUUAAAUUAGGGAGACUUCAACCCCAAUUAACUCAAAAUGAAUCCUUCUUUUGUGACACUACAACAAUUCCAAAAAAGAGCAAAAAUAUUCCACAAUCUGUUCAUGAGCUUCGACCUGGUGAUAUCGAUAUUGUUGGUGCAAUUGGAGAUUCACUGACUGCAGGUAACGGUGGAAUGGCAACAAAUAUCUUCCAAGUUACUAUAGAAAGCAAAGGUGUUUCUUUUUCUAUCGGUGGUGAAAAAACAUGGAGAGAAUAUUUAACAAUUCCUAAUAUUCUGAAGGAAUUCAAUCCAAAUGUCUAUGGAUAUUCUGUUGGAGAUGGAUUAACAAUAUUUAAAUCAUCGAAAUUCAACGCAGCUGAACUUGGAGCUAUGUCAAGAGAUACGCCAUAUAUGGCAAGAGUUUUGAUUAAUAGAAUAAAAACUGAUCCUAAUGUUAAACCUUAUCAUUGGAAGCUAAUAACAUUUUUAAUCGGUUCGAACGAUUUUUGUUUAGAUUUUUGUCAUCGUCAACAUCCUGAAGAAAAAGUUAAUGAGCAUGAGAGAGAUUUAUUGAAUGUUUUCAGAACAAUCAGAGACAAUUUAAAUCGAACAAUGUUAAAUGUUGUUUUACCACCAAAUAUGAAAGUUCUAGUCAAUUUUAAAGGAAAACCAGAACAAUGUGAGUUUAUGCACAAGUUUGAAUGUCCCUGCUAUUUUGGUUCGAACAGGAAGAAAAACCACGAAAAAUAUUUCAAAAUCGCUGAAGAAUGGAACAAAAGAGUAAUAGAAGUAGCCAAUCGUGAUGAGUUUCAUGAUCGAAAAGAUUUCACAAUAAAUGUUCAACCUUUUGUUAGAAAUUUUGUCUUUCCAACACUAUCGAAUGGAUUACAUGACUUUACUUAUAUGUCAAUGGACUGUUUUCAUUUAUCACAAAAGGGAUAUGCGAUGGCUUUUUCUACCCUUGUCACAAAACGUCAAGAACCGACAGAAGUCAAAAGUCACAAAUUCUCUUUGUCAACACCAGUAUAUGAUGAAAAAUUUUUAUUGGAUGAAAAAAAUAUUGAAAACAUAAAUGAAAAUAUAAAACUCAGGAAAGGUGUUGGUGAUAUAUUUAAGGUUCAUGAAUUGAGGAAUAAUUUGAAAUGUCAAAAUCUCAGCCAUGAGGAAAAUAUCAAACUUAACUUACAAUUACAAGAGGAAUUUAAGCGAAUCCCCAAUAAUACACAUCCGGAUGUUAAACAUUAUGGUGAUCAUCCCAAAGUAAUUGGAUAUUAUAAUAAAAAACCAGAAUUUAACCAUAAACCUUUGGACUUCGCUGAUAUAUGCAAAGCAUUUAACAUUCUUCGAACAGAACAUAUGGGAAAUUUUUCCGGUUCAAAAAGUUAUAUCCUUAUGAAAGAGUUAGCGGAAUUAGAGCAAGCUCUUAUACGAUAUACAUUAGAAGAAAUAUUAAAGCAUGGAUUUCGUUUAAUGUCAGUUCCUGAUAUUCUUCCUUCGGAAGUCAUUAAAAGUUGUGGAAUGACAACAGAUGGAGAAAGAAAUCAAGUCUAUCGUUUACUUCCGUCAAAUUUAUGCCUUUCUGGAACAUCAGAAAUGGCUCUUGCUGGGUAUUUUGCAGGAAAUAAACUUAAAGAAAAAGAACUGCCGGUGAAAGUUGCAGCUGUUAGUCGAUGUUUUAGAGCAGAAUCGUCAAGUGUUCUCGAAGAGAGAGGAAUUUUUCGUGUUCACCAGUUUACAAAAGUAGAAAUGUUUUCAGUAUGUAGGCCAUCAGAAUCACCAUUGAUUCUCGAUGAAUUUAAAGAAAUUGAAAUCAACUUGUUCAAAAAUAUUGGAAUUCACUUUCAACUUCUUGAUAUGCCACCAAGUGAACUUGGUGCACCAGCUUAUAGAAAAUAUGACAUUGAAGCAUGGAUGCCAGGUAGAAAUAUGUGGGGAGAAAUUUCAAGUUGCAGUAAUUGCACCGAUUAUCAGUCGAGGCGAUUAAAUAUAAAAGUUGAAGAGUCAGACGAGUUUGCUCAUACAGUUAAUGGAACUGCUUGUGCUAUUCCUAGAAUGCUCAUUGCUAUCAUCGAAUCCUUUCAACAUGAAGACGGAACGGUAUUAAUUCCAAAAGUUCUUCAGAAAUAUAUGCGUUGUGAAAAGAUCAUGAAGAAUAAAACUCUUCCUAAAUUAAAGCUCAUAAAAAGUCUUACAAGUGAAAAAAGUUAA